GAACCGGGGAGGUCGUUCCGCUCUGCAUCGGUCCCUUGUAGAGCGCAGAAGGCUGCCAAGGUUCCUGAGUGGGCCACUCGGUACUCUGUCGUGCUACGAUGCUGUGCAGGCACGCGUUGUGCACCACUGCUUUCUGUUCGCGCGCCACGCAGAGUUGCUCGUACCUCUAGGGCUGGUUGGCGCGGCAGAAGAAGGAACUUUAGGCGAAGACGCAGUCGAGGUCGACUACGGGGUUGCGUUCUACGUGCUAAUCUGCCACGUCGAUCGAGUUUCCUUAGCCAGAGUGCCGAUGCGAUUGGAGGGCGAGCUGGCCAUGCUGAAGCAAGCAGCGGCCGCUGGAGAAACAGAAGAAGUAAACGUCCUUUCUGCACUCGGAGAGGCAGGAUCUAACGUACUUAGUGCGGCACUAGUCCCGGCAGCCACAGUGGGAGGCUUGAUGCAAAAAACAGCUGACCUCAUAUUCGACGAUCCAAUGGAAAAUGUCUACGACAUAAAUGCGGCUACUCCAGCCGUACGAAACAGAGUACUAACUUCUUAUUCCUCUUCUGCCAGUACUCACAUGGAGAUGGACUAAAACACUGAAUUUUAUUGUUGAGCAGGCCGCUCAAAGUUAGUUAGUUACUAGUUAGUUAGUUGUACAAGAAGAAGAACUUUCAUUCUGACUUUCUCUAAACAGGACAACCUCUUUUAUUUCAGAUCAAGUGGCAGUUGAAGCUUUCGAAGCUGUCGAAAGUUACGACAGAGAAAGGUGCUGUCAUCAUGCAUUUGCAGCACGGCGAGCAGCGGCGGCUCCCUCCCCUCGGCUACAUUCGUGCCGAAUGGAAUCGCAUGCGCAAAGUCGACCUUUCAGCCGAGAUUGCACCCGAUAUCUUCUACUGGGAGCAGAGCAGUCUGGAGCGAGCAUUCAAAAUCGCUGGCGGAAAUUACAAGCGCUAUCGCCUAGACCGGCAGCGGGAAGAAGAAGAGCAAAACAGAGACUGGGAGACGACGUCUGUGCCAACGAGGUACACGACGACGACUGCAAGCCACUUUCUCGCGAAUGUGGGAGCAGGAGGACGGGUGCUCGGAAGUGGUGGUGGAGCAGCAACUAGUUCAACCAAAAGUAGUGGAGAAGACCAUGCACGAGGCUCUUCCCCCGGAUCAGAGAGUCCCGCGGCGUCGUCUGGCAGCUUAUCGAAGAAACUAGAGGGCCAUCAAUCUUCAUCAAUAGCUCAGUCAAAGGCCUCACGUCGCCGUGAUGGAUUUUCUCCUAAGUUGGAUACUAUUGCCGACGAAGAAGACGAGGAAAUAGCAUCGCCAAGACGAGAUCAUGGCCGUCAGAAAGUCAAGCGGAAAAAGAAACGUCAUGGCGAAGGCGAGGCAGGAGAAGUAGAUCACGCAGAUGAAAUGCUAGACGUGGAUGAAUCAGACGGAGAGGAACACACAACAGGUGGAACUGGUGGAGCUAGUCAUAAUACGAGGACCCCUGGUGCUAAACACAAAAAAUAUGGUGCUGGCAGAGAAUUUUUACAGGAGAAGAAAGAAGCAUCACCUGGAAGUAUGAACCUUACAGAUUUUCUGGGAGGUGCUGGAGGCGAUGAACGUUUUGAAAAAUCUGCUACACUUCUGGCGGAAGUUGUCGAUCCUAAUCAAACGCAGAUCGAUCUUAGAUCCGACCAAAAAAGCGAAGGAGAUGUAGUCACAAGAGACCAUCGUCUCGCUCAGCCCGAAGGAGAGGGCGCCGACCAUGUUACGCAGGUAGCAGUUAAAAAUCGUUCCAAGAACAAUAAAAAUCGUCCUGCAGACGCUGACGAGAAUAUUUUUAUGGAUGACAUCACAAUUGCGAGCGGUCAAGAUGUUGAUCAAGCUGGAGGACGGGUUGCCGGUAACAAGGCAGCAACAUUGUCGUCUUCUAGUAAGAUCAUCGAGCCACCAGACCACUCCGUGCUGCGGGAACUGUUGAAAGUGUUGAGGGGUGCGACGCGGGAGUGGAGACUCGUGAAAGACGCGAUGGACUUGUUUUUGCGAUCCAAACUCUACCUAGAACUUUUUCUGCCUUCAAGUCAAAGCAUUCUGGCACCGAUCACAGGCGACGGCGCAGGACGAGGAGGAGGAGGUGCAAGGGUUAUGAGAAGGUGUAAGUAGUUGAACUACAGGAAGAACAGGUACCUCAACUUCUUGAGAUGAAGAUGACUUCUACCCGUUGAUCAUGUGUUGAUGAACUACUGAAGAAGAUCGCCUGUUCUUCUACCUUGAAUGAUGAAGAGCAGCAUAAUUGGCAUUGGCUGUUGGUCUUGGUACUGUCAUACUCAAACUCAUUUUUUUCCGCUUUCCUCUACUAGUUUUUCGAAACUUUCUAGGUCAUCUUCUACCUCUAACACCAACUCCAGACAAGCCGCAGCGGGUUUCUCAGCUUCUGUGCAAACGCGCAUAGUCGAAUGCUACGAAGUAGAGCGUAACAAGCUGUUUGAAUGGGGACCCCCGUUUUUGCCCACAGACGGCGAUAGCAAAUGGAAGUGGCUCACCACAGAGGGCAUGCAAAAACACCCCUUCAUUUAUGGCAUCAAUCAUGAGAACAUACUGCAAUAGAAGAAACCUAACAACAAGCUAGAUUAGCGGGUCGAAUUCGUCAGGGAAAUCUUACGCAGACUGCCGAGUAGAUUUGCAUCAUCAGAAGAAACCUAACGCUCCUCAGGUUCAGGUGAGUAGUUUCACUGGAUGAGCCUCCAUCUGCUGUCUUGCCUAGUAAGCUCCCUUUCUUCUAACUCCUUGACCCGAAAUUGAGUCGAGAGCAAAGCCAGCGUGCCCGCAAGCCUCCGUUCGUAUUUUCGAGGCUGUGGCGUCCGAAAGGGCCGUGGCGGAUCGUUAAGACGAAGGGAGUGACAGAUCCCGAAGGCUGGACCUAUGCGGUAAACUGGAGCAACAUUCAUUGGACACCGAAUGAAGGCCUACUCGAUGGCGUUCGCCGGAGAAAAUGGAUAAGGGAAUUCCAGUAAUAAAAGCAGAAGGCUAUUCCUAAUCAUGUACGACAUACGGCAUGUUUAAGAUGGAUAAAUACGUAGAUGGGUCUACUCCAUCUUCAGCGAUACCAUAAUUAAUGUGAAUAUCAAUGUCAAAAUUAUCAUGUUCGAGAACACGGGACAUACAACAACAAGUAGUGGAAGAUGAACCCAGAGGAUUGAUACAGACACAAAAGAUUUAGAAGCAGGGUGCAAAACCAAUUUAUCAGAAAAGAUAGACAUCACGAGAAUUUUUUGAUGAUAAAUAUUACCGUAAAAUAAAUGAGUUUUGGUCGAAUAUGAGAAGAAGAUGCGGUGCCACCUCCGCUCUUACCGUUUGUUCAUUGGCUCUGAAGUUCCAUUUUGUUUUGACCGUAGCAGAUGUAGUUUUCUUGUAUCUUUGAAUACAUAAAGAUAAACUAUCAUCAUGAAUCACAUACGGGAUUUUGAAGCUCAAAAAAUUCAGAAAACGGUGACGAAAUGAAACGACAUAGCGUCAUGACACGCUGAAAAAAAUCCUUCUUGUUCGGGCCUCUCACGCUCACAAAUAUACAAUACUCUGAGUGCGUGGAGGUGUGUUUGACUGAAACGGUACGAGGAAGCUUCAAUUCCGAUUCUGUAUUGAGAGC